UUAAACUCUAUUUCGCCUUGCUUUCUCGUGUGUUACGAGGACCUCUUAUAUUCCAGUUCCACCCAAGAUGGUUAUUUACGCUGCACUUAUUGGUUCCGCCACAAGCUUAGCAUGUAACAACCUGUUCUCUGCGACACUACUAAGUGAUUUCGAGGGAUGAAAUGGAGUUAUAAUAGGAAAAAGAAAGAAAACAAAAGUGAUGAGAUCAUAUAGGACCACUGCCAUGCAUCCAGGUGGGCUGAGGAGGUCUACUUAAGAGACAUUACUUCGAACUCACCAUUAAGUGGGAGCUUUGCAUCAUUUAGUCCCCAGAGCAGAAUACGGAACUUUGCGAUAUAUUUCAAAGUGCUGAGAUGCUUUCAUACGCCAUCUUGACAGCUCUUGCGGUUCUUCCGUUCACGUUUGCAAGUCCUCUUGAACACUCUGCACUGGUUUCUCCGCGAGCUGUGUCGGGAACUUCUACCUUCUAUGGCGGUAACCUCAAUGGCGGAACAUGCUCUUUCACCACCAUGUCGUCUUUGCCCUCUGGAAUCUAUGGCACGGCCUUUUCAGGCUCCGGCUGGAGUAAUGCUGCUAACUGCGGUGCUUGCCUUCAAGUCACCGGGCCGAACGGCAACUCCAUCAAGGUUAUGGUCGUAGACAAAUGUCCUGAGUGCGAGACAGGCCACCUGGACCUCUUCCAAGACGCCUUUGCGAAGCUCGGCUCCAUCUCCGCUGGCAAAAUCGCCACCUCUUAUGCGCCCGUCGCCUGCGGCAUCACCUCCUCGCUCGUCCUGCACAACAAAAGCGGAACCAGCAAGUACUGGUUUAGCAUGCAGGUCGUAAACCACAAUCAACCUGUCUCCAAGCUCGAGGUCUCCACCGACGGCGGCUCCACCUGGCAGGCUACCACGCGGCAGGACUACAACUUCUUUGAGAAGAGCAGCGGCUUUGGCACCGAUACCGUGGCUGUGAGGGUCACCGGCUCCAAUGGCAAGACUGUAGUGGUCAAGAACGUUAGUGUCGCGAGUGGUGUGUCGGUCACAGCUAGUGAAAACUUCUGAGGAUCUGCAAGUUUAUCAAUAUUAAGUGUGGGUGAAACAAGUCGAGACUAUUAAAUUCAAAUAUUUUGCUCAAAUUACAGUUCUAACCAAAAUAAAUGCAGCCAU